AAAAAGGCCGAUCGUGGGUGGCCAUAUUGUCGGACAUAGAGAAAUUGGUGAUCCCUGGAAUGUGCCACUGGCAACACCCAAAGUUCCUCGCAUUCUUCCCAUCAAAGACAAGUACUCCUGUGAUUCUCAUGGAGCCUAUCGUGACGGCUCUUGGGGGUGUCGGUAAUCGAGUACUUGCCGAACAUAGUGAG